GGGGGAGACGGAGGAGGAAGGCGUCACGGCUCUCCGCCUUUUCGGCGGUCACGGCGGCUUUUGGCGGCCAGAGCAAAGUUCCUUUGGUUGCAAGCAGCCGCCGAGUGAUCGCUGGCGGCAGCCGUCGCCGCUCGGCCUUCACGGUGCAGGGCGACGCCACCCGUCCGCCCGACGCCGGUGCCCGGCCAGGCCGCCCAGGGCUUCUUCGGACGUUGCCAUGACCACCUCGGGGGAUGCGGUGGUGGCUGGCAUGACCCAGUGCUCUGCCGGCAUCCGCUCGCAGGCGUCGUCCCUUUGCCUGCUGCGUUGUGUCUGUGCGUUUCGCAACGUCCACGCUUGAGCUAUGAUCUCGGACUUUUUAGUGUCUGCCGCGCUUCGGCACGCCCUGUAGCUAGGCCUUUAGUAGUUAGGCGAUCGCUUUCUAGUUAGGCAAGUGCAACGAUAUCCGGGCAGGCGUCCCUCGAUCGAGAGGAUGAGGAUGAGACACCCUGCGGUGCGGAUACCCUGCGAUGCGGCACAGAGUGAUCUGUGCCCAUCGAACACUUUUCGGGGUCAGAUGUCCCCUGGAACUGUUUACGACCACCCGCGUCUCCACUCGCAUGCAUGAUGCUAGCUGCCGCCAUGCCGCCGACCGCAGCGGAGCGAGGAGCAGGCCGGGCUCGCUCGCGCCAAGUCGGACAGCUUACUCGCGCCAGGCCCACCCACUGCUUCCCACUGCGCUGAUGUGCUGCAAUGGCGACCACGCCGAGAAAGGAUUGGUCGGCGGUCAUUUCUCCCCCCCGUGCCUCGGCGUCUCCCGCGCUGCGCCCCGUGGG